CAAUGUCAUCUGUGCUUGUCGCAUUCAUUAAUGUCGGCUAGCUAUAUUAUUUUAUUUGUUGAAUGCGAAUUAAUUGUACAUUUUUCACAUUAUAAUUUUUUUUAUUAUUAAUGGGAGUUUUUAUUAAACGAUAUAUUUAAAGGCAGCAGAUUUUUAUUUUUAUUGUGAGUGUUCUAGAAGAUACAGUUAUACAAAUCGACAAUGUAUGUUUCGUGAUGACUUAGAUGAAACUGUAAAGAACGAGCAAGUAGUUAUUUUAGUGUAAAUUUAAGAAUUCAUCAUGCUACCUACGUUAGUUAUUAAGUGUUUUUAUCGAAAACUAGGAACGAAAACUGUAGAGCUGAAGCAAUUGCAUUCAAUGUGUAAUGUGUUAUCUAAACCUUUCCGCCACGACGCGUUUCGUACAGCUGACACAAAAUUGUGGCGGCAUAUAAAUACUACAAGUUAUAUUAGGGAAAAGAACAAAACAGCAAAUGCUACUGACGUGUCAGAUAAAGUAGCAAAUAAAGGAGAUGUUACUAAUAAAGUAAUCAAACAAAGUGCUACGGGGGAUAUCGUAGUCAAGACUGAAACAGACGUUGAUAAAGUUGUGACCAAAGUUACGAUAGAAAAAGCUGCCAAAGAAGCGGCCCCAUCAACACCUCCACCUAAACCUCCAGCUAAGAAAAGGCUAUUGAUUGAUUUUUCUGCAUCUUAUACUGAACGUAACUUUAUCACACCUAUGAGGGCUAUGACAGAAUAUUUGCUUAAGCAGUCUGAUUUGGAAACUCUACCUAAAGUAUUGCGGAGGUCGCCGUAUGAAUCUGAGCCCCCAAUUACUGUGUAUUAUAGGAAAGAUGUAGAUGCUAAAGCUAUUGAGGUGUGGGGGUCAAGAGAGGCCUUAGAAAAAGAAUUAUUGCGAAGGGAAUUAGACAGACGAAGAUAUGAACAAGAUGUGUUUACCGUGAAGAGGAGAUUACGUAACUACAGGAGGGAGAUGAGCCACAAACGUAUUAGACCUGAAGUGGAAGGUGAGGGUCUGAAAACUAGAUCAGGUCGAGUGGUACUCACAGCAGUAGGAAUAAAUGGUUGUAAUUUUCUAUUCAAGCUAUGUGCAUGGUUCUACACUGGAUCACAUAGCUUGUUUUCUGAAUGCAUACAUUCUCUAGCUGAUACAGUGAAUCAACUAAUAUUAGCAUAUGGAAUACACAAAUCAGUUCAAAUGGCGGAUCCAGAUCAUCCCUAUGGAUACACAAACAUGCGAUAUGUGUCCUCGCUGAUAUCUGGUGUUGGCAUCUUUUGCGUGGGCAGUGGGUUGUCGUUCUACCAUGGAGUGACGGGUAUUCUGGAUCCGCAACCACUUCAUGACUUCUAUUGGGCUUACUUCGUGUUGGGUGGGGCGGUAGUGUCCGAGGGAGCUACACUGAUGGUUGCUAUAAAUGCCGUUCGUAAGGGCGCUAAAGAAGCCAAUGUACCUUUAUAUGAGUAUGUGAUGCGUAGCUCAGACCCGUCAGUGAACGUGGUACUGAUGGAGGACACGGCGGCCGUGGCGGGCGUGUCUGUGGCGGCGUCGUGCAUGGCGCUGUCGCAGAUCACCGGCAACCCGCUGUACGACGCCGUGGGCUCCAUACUGGUUGGCACGCUACUCGCAGGUGUUGCCUCCUUCAUCAUCAUGAGCAAUGUCAACGCUCUCGUUGGCAGGUCGAUACCGCAGGAACAGUUAGAUGAAAUAAACAGUGUUUUGGAAAGAGAUUUUAUGAUACGAGCCAUUCACGACGUAAAGGGUAUCGACAUGGGAAGUAACCUCAUUAGGUAUAAGGCUGAAGUUGAUUUUGAUGGCAGAGCUUUAACUAGAUCAUAUUUGGAGAAACACGAUUUAAAUACAUUAUUGGAGGACAUGAAGAAAAUUGAGACUAUAGAUGAUGUUGAAGCAUUCCUACUGAAACAUGGCGAAAAUAUUGUAGAUAUGUUGGGUGGAGAGAUCGAUAGAAUAGAACUGAAAUUAAGGAAAAAGUUUCCACAAAUUCGGCACUGUGAUCUGGAGAUUCUAUAAAGUUCAAAUAGGCUGUAACUGCAAUGUAAACUUACUGGUUCACUUAGCUAGUUAUAUUCCUAAGCUUAUCUUUACUGUUUGACAAUAGACACUAUCAACUACAGAGUUCGAUCGAAAUUUGGAUAGAUUACUGAACAUUCAUGCACUUUUGCAUCAGUUACUGUUACAUAAUAUCUAGAAAACGUUUUGUUGCGUUCCUUUUAUCGUUACCUACGAUGUUCUUGCUUACUUAUUUCGAAUUAGGGAAAAAUAGUCAACGCAAGGUUUUUAAAUAGUUGAAAGUGUGUUUCACCAGCUGAAAUCUUUUACUGUGAUUUAGUUGUACAUAAAUGGUGUUAAGUUUUGAUUAAACAUUAUAGGAUAUGUAAGUUUAUCAUAACUUAAUUAAAUCAUAUUUAUUUUUUGUUGUGUAAACUAUAGAUAAUUUGAAAUUACGAAAUAAAAAGAUACAAAUA